UUUCUAAUUAAUUGUUCCCAACCACGGCAGCCUAACUUCAAGGCUCCCAAUUAUAUCCCCCAAGUACUACAAACAACAACCGUGUGAAUCAGGACAUGCGCUGGCAUGCAAAUAGGUUACGUCAGAAUACCUUUUGGCGUGUAGUACUUAGAAACAAGAUAUACAACCUUAUUUACAACUGAAAAGCACGUCCAUUUAAACGUCUGGCUUUUAAAAUAUUCCAACUUGAAAGUGAACGAACGUAUUUUUUGAACGCGACCUAACACGUAUACAUGUUCAAUUAACUUAUUAACUUGCAUAACACACCUCCUUACGCAUAUGCCAAUAGGGGAGGGCUCACUUAAAAGUCAUCUCUGGAUUUACCGUUCACUUCUUAUGCAAGUUUGUUCAGGAAGCUGGAUAUCAUUGCUUACAGACCUAAUCUAAAUUAGAAUUAGUUUACAACAUGAAAACUUUGACCAAAGUCCUGCUCGCAAGUGUUGCUGUGGCUCUGCUCGCAGCCAAGUGGAACGCGCCGACGUUCAAUGCAGAAUCUCUCCAAGGUGCCAGGGUCUUGCUGACCGGGGCUAGCACUGGUAUUGGUGAACAAAUGGCCUAUCACUACGCCAAAUUCGGUGCCCAGAUCGUCAUUACAGCAAGGAGGGAACAGGUCUUACAGCAGGUCGCAGAAAAGUGCCUGAGCUUGGGAGCUCAGAAGGCUUUGUACAUAGCAGCAGACAUGGGCGUUGACUCAGACCCCAAUAUGGUGGUAGAUUUUGCUCUGGACCAGCUUGGAGGUCUGGACUACCUAGUUCUCAACCACAUUGGAUCAAGCCCCUUCAGCAUGUGGGAAGGAGAUAUACAGCACCUUGGAUGGCUGAUGAAGGUGAACUUCUUGAGUUACAGUCAGAUGGCGUGGAAAGCUCUUCCCUCCCUUGAGGAAAGUAAAGGCUCCAUUGUGGUUGUUUCGUCUAUUUUAGGUAAAAUGACCAGUCCCUUCGUGGUGCCGUACACAUCAACCAAAUUUGCCUUGAAUGGUUUCUUUGGAGCUCUUUCUCAUGAGCUGGCCAUGAAGAACAGCAGUGUAAUGAUCACGAUAUGUACAUUGGGCCUCAUUGAUACUGAGUCAGCCAUGGAAAAAGUCAAGGAUGUCAGUAAUGUACCAGCCUACCCUGCCAGUGAAGCAGCAUUAAAUAUCAUAAAAACUGGAGCCACUAAACAGCGAGAGCUCUUCUACCCAUGGUACACCUACAUCGUAACCCUUGUUAGAGACUUCUUCCCCGCUACCAGGGACUACAUGGUACAAAAAUCCUACAACUACAGCCCAUGACGCAAAGGGAAAAUACUGCCCUGACUUCCAGUGGUGGUUUUAAGAGUUGUUCAAAAAAAAAAAAAAAAUCUAUUUAAGAUGUGCGUUCCUGUUUUUUCUUUUGAUUUCAUGUAUACAACAAUUCAAAUUCAUCGUUCUUUUUGAAAAGUUGGCCUUAUUGUUGUUACCAAGUACCUUAUAUGCAAGCAGAUCCUUUUCUUACAUGCUUUAUACAGAAAUUGAGCUAUGUUAAUUUGUACCACAUCAAGAGAUCAUGCGACAAAUGGGCAGUUUGUUCUCCCACACCUCAAACCAGGAAAAAUUAUCCUAAUCAAAUGCUGCGGGGUGCAAAUAUUUUGUGAAAAUGAGUCUCUGCGCUAAUUUGGUGCUAAUGUGGUAUUUUGCUGCUUAAAAGGCAAUGUUGGAAAAGAUAAGAAGGUGCUCUUUGUUACUGACUAAACAGAUGAUGAUUAAAAAGACAGAUUCGUAGAAAGAUGUCAGCUGAAUUAUGCUCCCCCAUAACUUAUUAAUUACAUCUACAAAGUAAGGCAUUUGUAUUUUACUAAUAUGUGAGGAGUUCAGUUCUAGGCCUACUCCUUAUGUUAAGUGCCUUGAGAUCACGUCUGUUUGGAAACGGCACUGUACACAUUUAAUAAAAUGGACUUAAAAUGACUCGAUUAAUCUUUCAUGUACAUUUCCAGACUAAAGUGUAAAGCCUUACAAAGCCUUUCUUGGGUUGAUGUACAAUAAAGUUCACAUCUUUCUCCAGAAAAUGACUAAAUAAGGCAUUAAUAAAUAUUAAAAGAAACUAAGAAAAACCUUUGAGUGUGAACACAAUGAGUUAUUUGCAUUGGCUGAGUUUGACUUUUGAGGCACGGGAGGGGGGGGGGGCAAAACAUCUUGAUGACCUUGAAAUGCAGUGUCAACAAUAAAAUUCACUUAUAAGGAUAUUUAUAAUAAUAGGUUGAAAAUUAGUUUUUUUUUUGUUUCCCAUCAUUCUUGAGAGGAAUUCUAAAUCAGGCUGCUUAGGACAGCUAUACUUUUCGCCAAAAUCGUCAUCCAUUGAAUAUGGUACGCCCGCCGGUGUCGUGCCAAUAUAGUUACCACUGUCAAAAAUUGCAUCCCCUGGUCGGAUCCCCUGAUUUGUUUGAUUUCCGUGUUUUGGUGAUGUAGUUAUCUACAAGGUUUUAAAACAUGGCCCAUCCAUCUAAAAAAAAAAACAAUAUAUGUAUAACGUAUAACGUAACAUAUGUACUGAACGUAAUGCAAUGUUUUAACUGUUUUACUGUUAUUUCUGUAAUUCAAGUCCUUUAUGGCGUUUCUCCAGUUUAAUAAAUGUCGAUGUCCAAAAUAUAUAACUUGGGUUCUUUUCUGGCUUCAGUUAAUUGUUUAACUCGACAUAACUUAUAACUACGUGGGAAACUACACUGGCAAGACACCGGUCCGCUCACCAUUUUGGCGGUGCUCUCUGACGUUUCAUGGUCAACAUUUUCAAUCCUGGGUUCUUGUUCAGCACUUGUUGUCGCUUUUGAAAGCUUAGGUUUGAAAAAAAUUUGUAUAUUCUUCUAGCUCAGGGGUCGGGAACCUAUGGCUCGCGAGCCAUAUCUG